GGAGGAAUUGGAGGAGGAUGCAGGUGAAUCAGGAAUCCGGAGCCGGAAACAAAAUCCAAACUAUGAUUUAUACCUGAAAAAACAGAAAGAAAGAUCAAAAAAAGCAAAAGAUCACCUGAAAGAAAGAGAUCUAAGGAAAGACACACAUGCAUUGGAAAAAAAGGCAAGAAUGUUGGAAAAGCAGAGGGAGCGGCAAAAGAGAUACAUGGAAAAAAAGAAGAACAGAGACCAAGACCAUCCAGGUGAAUAUCAAAUGAAAGUUUCAAAGUCAAAAUCCCCAAAAGUUGUUAUACAGACAAGAAAGAGUAUUAAAUCUAAAAAGGAAUAUAAUCGUAUCAAAAAACAAGAAUCCCGUGCCAGAAUGUCUGUACAGAAGAAAAAUUGGAUAAAAAAGAAAGACCGAGAAACAAAAAGAGUCAAAAGACAACAGAUCACUAACACAAAACGAAAACUUGAAACCUCCUUAACAAACAUAGAAAAAACACCAUUUUCUUCAAAGAAAACAGUCAGACAAGCUUUCCCAUCAUCACCAAGGAAGUUUGUGAAAGUGUUGGACAAUUUACAAAAAAAUCUCUCUCCACACAAGAAGGCAGUGAUGGAAACAAUCUCAGUCAAAAAUGAUGAAGAAUUAUUGAUAAAAACCCUUAAAAAAACACCAAAAGGUAAAUCAGCACUGAAAGAAGUAGCCAGGCAGUAUAAAAACAAGAGUAGAAGAUUUGUUGCGAAGAAACUGGAAAUGAACAGAAGAACAAUCAGUUUAAACCAGAAAAAGGUCCCUGAAGGUAAGAGGUGCAAUGCUGUAAAUGAAACUAUCAAGAAGUUCUACUUUCGGGAGGAUAUUUCUAGAGUUUUGCCCAAGAAGCGUUACACUACAAACGCUGGUCCAGGUUACUUGAUGCAAGUGACAGUGUCAGAAGCUCAUGCAUUGUACAACAAGGAACACAAAUUACAAGUAAGUCUCGGACGAUUUGCUGCUAAACGACCAAAGAAUGUACGAAAGCUUGACAUCAACUGCAGAGAAUUUUGUUGUUGUGUAUAUUGCAUAAACAUACGAAAGAAAAUGCUGACAUUAAGUCGACACGUAAAAAGAGAAUCCAAAGUUACCUCUGAAGGUAAAAUAUGCGAGAUGUUGCUUUGUCCUAAGUCAGAUGCAGAGAGGUUCUUCAAGAUGGAUUGUAUAAAUGGAACAUGUAAAACAUGUGGUCCGAGGGAAACCAGAAAACAAAAGCUUAGUACUUUUUAUCAAGAGAUCUCAGAUGAGACGCUAUUGACCUGGAGUAGAUGGACCUACACUGAAAUUGAGAAAAAGAAAAAACGUAUCCUCACUACAAGACCAGGACAGAAACAUGAACUGCUCGAAGAAUUCCUUAAAGACAUUGAGGAGCCAACGUCAGGAACAUCUUUUUUUCAACACUUGAACACUGCCAAUUGGCAAACUAUGCAGUUUACUUCCAUCAAACAGAACCUGCCUGAAAACUGCCUAUUGCAAGUAAUGGACUUCGCAAGAAACCGGGAGGUAAAAUACCAGGAUGAAAUCAAAUCGGUGUAUUACAGUAAGGAACAAAUUACCAUCCAUUCCAUUGUGUCCUGCUAUAAAUCCUAAAAUGGAACUGUCCGUGAGUCAGAUGUUAUCAUAUCAGAGGAUAUCAACCAUGAUUAUCAUGCUGUCCAGCACUAUCAGGACAUUGUCUACAACCAUAUAAUAUCCACCUGGAGGGAGCCUGAAGAAAAUGUAGUGUUUAGUGAUGGUUGUAGUGCACAGUACAAGAGUAAGGGCCCAUUUAGAGAUCUUGCCAAUUUGAAUAGAAAAGUGAACAGAAAUUUUUAUGGAUCAGAACACGGAAAGGGAGACUGUGAUGCUGAAACAGGCGUAAUCAACAAAGCCAUCGAUAGAGCUAUCAAUGGGAACAAGGUUAUCAUAAAUAAUGCACUUGAUACUUUUCAUUACUGUAGAUAUCAUCUGGAAAUCGAUGAUGUAUUUUCAAAAAGAAAGUUCUUCUUCGUGAAGAAAGAUGACAUCAGCAGAGAGAAACAAAUGGACAUAAAAACUGUAAGUGGUACAAGGAAAUUACACCAAAUUCAAAACGACCCUGCUAACCCCGGAGUAUUAUACACUCGAGAACUUUCAUGCUUCUGUUGCAAACCUGACCAAAGACACAAUAUCUGUAUCAACAGCAAAAGCAUACAACCAUAUAAGAGGAUUCAGCUACAAAGUAUUGAACAAAAUGCUUCAAAGUUGAAAAGCACCAAGGAGACUACAAAAGACACUGAAAGACAAAGUCAUGAAGAUGAGAAGUUGCAGACAGCGCACAAGGGCAACAACAAACGGACAGAAAUUCGUGCUAGAAAGAGAUCGCAGGAAAAAGAUUUAGAGACUAUACCAUUAAAACAGAAAACCUUGUCAGACAAAACUACAUCAAACAAAGGAAAACUGGAGACCACUACAGUGGAAACACCACAAUCCACAGAACCAGUGUUUACAGAUAUCUUAAAAACCCUAAGAAAGUGCAAAACCUAUGAAGAUUUGAAGACCAAGGCUUUCUCUUAUGCACAAGUCAUUCCAGAUGUGAAAGCCAAGAAGAGAUGUUUCUCUAGGAAUACAUUUACAGUUGACGCUGUAGCAUUGGAGCUUCUUCCUUGUGACACACCAGGGGAAGCUAAAUAUCCGGUAGUAGUUGGCGCCGAUGGCAACUGGCUUCCCCGCUGUGGUUCCAUUCAUAUAUUUGGGAAUGAAACACACCAUGAAGAAAUUAGGGCACGCAUAGUCAUAGAGAUGGUAACAAAUGAGGAUAUUUAUUUGGACUGGCACCAUUUGGCUAAAGGGACCCUCUCUGGUAAAGCUGCUCAAAGAUUACCUGCACAUUACGCUACAUAUUCAGAGCAAUAUAUACAGGGAGACAUCCUGACCAAUGAUAUCAUUCGAAGUAUUUAUCAUCAGGAAGCGUUGGAAGUUGUGAAAAAGUCCUCUUACAUGGGCAUUUGGCAAUUGUUCGCAUUAUCCACAGUGAUGCACAGUUCUCUGUUUUCUGCUUACCCUGAGCUUGGAAAUCCAAAUGUAAGGAUGGAUCUUCACAGACAAAUAUUACCAUUGGGGAAGAAGACUACAGAUGUCUGCAUUAUGUGGUCAUCGACUAGAUCAGAUAUGCAGUCCAACCACUGGGUCCCCAAUCAUUUUGUCCCCAUGCUGCCCAUGGAUCUACCUGCUGAUGUGAUGGAUGAUCAUACAUGUAUGUUUGAGGAUGGUGACGAUCAGCCAAUGGAAAUCUCAGGCCUAUCGGAUGUGCUGGAAUGUCUUGGAUUUGAAUAUGAGCUAUCUUCAUCCAUGGAGGAUCUAGCUCCUUUGCUGACAUCACAGCAGUUAUCUCCAUCCAUAUACGAGCAGCCAUCUACACCUGUAGUUGAUCCAAAUCCAUGGCCAGCUCUCUCACAAUCAAGCAUCAAAUUACCAAAAGAGGAUUUGGUCCAUGGACACCAGUCUCCCAUGUCUCCCAUAUGUGACUUUAAGGACAAUAUUGACAAUUUAAGCUCAAGCAUCAAAUUACCAAAAGAGGAUUUGGUCCAUGGACACCAGUCUCCCAUGUCUCCCAUACGUGACUUUAAGGACAAUACUUACAAUUUAAGCUCAAGGUUUAUCUCAGGGACAUAUAUCUCUGUCAGCCAUGGCAACAGAGUGUUUCCUGCUGUUGUUGAGAAUUGGCCAUGGGUCACAUUUUUCUGCCAGUCAUCCAAGAAAGGGAACUGGAUACCCGGAAACAUCCAACACACAGUUGUUGAAUCUGAUGUCUUGCAGAUUCUUGAUGCUCCAAACAUGCAGAUGUCUGGCACAAGGAUUCACUACCAGUUUGAAUCACUUUGAAGAAUAUCCACAGACUACAAUAAAACAAUUUGAAUUUGAA